AUGUCCAGGCAGCCCACUAUCACCUUCCAGACCGGCAGCCGCAGGGGCUUCAGCACGGCCUCAGCCACCACCCCAGCCACCGGCCGUUCUCGCUUCAGCUCCGUCUCUGUGGCCCACUCCCGGGGGGGCAGUGGAGGACUGGGAAGGAUCAGCGGCGCUGGGGCCAGCUGUGGAAGCCUCAGCCUCUACAACCUGGGGGGGACCAAGCGGGUCUCCAUCAGUGGCUGCAGCAGCAGCUUCCAAAGUGGCUUUGAUGGCAGGGCGAGCAGAGAGAUUGGGGUCAGUGGUGGGUUCGGCUAUGGGGGCGGAACUGGAGGGGGCUAUGGGGGCUCUGGCUUCUCCAUCUGUCCCCCUGGAGGCAUCCAAGAGGUCACCAUCAACCAGAGGCUCCUGACUCCCCUCAACCUGCAAAUUGACCCCAACAUCCAGCGGGUACGGAAAGAAGAGCGGGAGCAGAUCAAGACCCUCAAUGACAAGUUUGCCUCUUUCAUUGACAAGGUGCGGUUCCUGGAGCAGCAGAACAAGGUCCUGGGGACCAAGUGGAGCCUCCUGCAGGAGCAUAAAGCCACCAGGGCCAACCUCGAGCCCAUGUUUGAAGCCUACAUCAACAACCUGAGGCAGCAGCUGGACAGCCUGGGGGGAGAGCGCUGGAGGCAGGAGAUGGAGCUGAAAAGCAUGCAGGACGUGGUGGAGGACUUCAAGAACAAGAACGAAGAAGAAAUCAACAGGCGCACGGCAGCGGAGAAUGAGUGUGUGGUGCUCAAGAAGAACGUGGACGCCACCUACCUGAACAGGGUGGAGGUGGAGGCCAAGGUGGAAGCCUUAAUGGACCAGAUCAACUUCCUGAGGGCUUUCUACGCCACGGAGAUCAGCCUGCUGCAGUCUCAGAUCUCAGAGACCUCCAUCACUGUGAAGAUGGACAAGAGCCAGGAGCUGGAGGCGGACGGCAUCGUUGCCCAGAUCGAGGCCCAGUACGACGAAAUCGCCAGCCGCAGCAAAGCCCAAGCAGAGGCCUGGGUACCAGAGCCGGGUGAGGAGCUGCGGCUGACAGCCGGGACCCACUGUGACAACCUCCAUAACUGCAAGAACGAGAUUCUGGAAAUAAACAAGCUGAUCCAGUGGUUGCAGCAAGACAUUGAGAACGUCAAAGCCCAGAUGAGCAAACUGGAGGGUGCCAUAGCCGAGGCAGAGCAGCAGGGCGAGGCGGCCCUCAACGACGCCAAGUGCAAGCUGGCUGGGCUGGAGGAGGCUCUGCAGAAGCCCAAACAGGACAUGGCCUGCCUGCUCAAGGAGUACCAGGAGGUGAUGAACUCCAAGCUGGGCCUGGACAUCAAGAUCACCACGUACAGGCGCCUGCUGGAGGGCGAGGAGCACAGGUAA